GUGCUGAUUUUUGUCUGACGGUUCGAAGCGGAAGACGAGCCCUGCGUUGCUUGGUGUUGAUUCAGGCUCAGGCACAACGGCUCGCCGCUCUCUGCUGUGUUUUUGAGUAACAACACGGAGGUCGAGGGGAGACAUGGAGGUUGAAGGCAGAGAAGAGUCGAAGGGACCCGUUUUGCACAUUGUUGUUGUUGGGUUUCACCACAAAAAGGGCUGUCAGGUUGAGUUCUCGUACCCACCACUCAUGCCAGAUGAGGGUCAUGACAGUAAUCUGCUGCCUGAAGAGUGGAAGUAUCUCCCUUUUCUUGCACUUCCUGAUGGGGCACAUAACUACCAGGAAGACACUGUGUUUUUUCACCUGCCGCCCCUCAGUGGAGAGAUGAGGUGUGUCUACGGAGUUUCGUGUUAUCGCCAAAUAGAAGCAAAGACCCUAAAGGUCCGACAGGCUGACGUCACCAGGGAGACUGUUCAGAAGAGCGUCUGCGUCCUCAGUCGAGUGCCACUCUACGGUCUGCUUCAAGCAAAACUGCAGCUCAUCACACAUGCCUACUUUGAGGAGAAAGACUUUUCGCAGAUUUCCAUUUUAGAGGAGCUGUAUGAUCACAUGAACUGCUCCCUCAAAGGAUCAUGUCUAGAGGGCUCACAGGUUUACCUCGGAUUAUCACCAAGAGAUUUAAUCCUACACUUUCGACAUAAGGUUCUCAUUUUAUUCAAGCUUAUUUUACUGGAGAAGAAGGUUCUAUUCUAUGUGUCUCCUGUCAGCAGACUAGUAGGAUCUCUCAUGACUGUGUUAUCACUGUUUCCAGGUAUGAUUGAGCAUGGCCUGGUGGAUUCCUCACAUUACAUGCCGAAGAGCAGCGUGUCGGAGGACCUGAGUUUGGUGGACAGCAUCUCAGGACCUGAGGAUUUUGUAUCCGUGUCCGUCACAGACAUCGCCAACAACACUUGGGUGCCUGAGGAAGAGCAGACUGCUCAGCAUGCUGGUGUGUCGCUGUCCUCUGGCACCAGUGCUGAAAGAGAUAACAGUCUUCUCAAACCGCCGUCACGCACUUCUCUGGAGUCCUCUGAGAGUGAGUGGGAAACCCUGGAUCCCACUGUAUUAGAGGAGGGCAAUGCCAAAGGGUCGGAGGAGGUGAAAGAGGCGGAGUCAGACCUCCCUGAUGCCUUUGACUCCAAACCGGGUACGCCCAUCACUGUGCAACCUCAGGCAGCUGGAGCGCAGGGGGGAGUCACUCAGGGACUAGUGUCGGGUCUGAAGGAGGAUCAGUACGGGCUGCCUCUCGCCAUUUUCACAAAGGGUUACCUGUGCCUUCCUUACAUGGCCCUGCAGCAGCAUCACCUCCUGUCAGAUGUGACAGUACGCGGCUUCGUUGGCGGUGCGACCAACAUCCUAUUCCGCCAGCAGAGGCACCUCAGUGAUGCUAUUGUAGAGGUUGAUGAAACUCGAAUCCAGAUCCAGGACCCUGAAUUACGGAAGCUGCUGAGCCUGACCACAGCCGACUUGCGCUUUGCUGACUACCUGGUCAAACAUGUGACUGAGAAUCGCGAUGAUGUUUUCCUGGACGGGACGGGAUGGGAGGGAGGCGACGAGUGGAUCAGAGCUCAGUUUACUCUUUAUCUCCAGAGCUUGCUGUCCUGUGUGUUACAGGAAGAUAACGAGAGGCUGCUGGCUGAUUAUGGUGUGCCUUUCAUCACAGCAUGGAAAAUCACACACAACUACCGAGUGUGGUGUAGUAACAAACAUCCCGCCAUGUCCACCGUCACCCCAGGACACCCAUUCCAGGGCCAGUAUAGUGUCACUGAUGUCAAACUACGGCUCUCACACUCGGUGCAAAACAGUGAGCGAGGGAAGAAGAUUGGAAAUGCCAUGAUCACCACCAGCCGCAGUGUGGUCCAGACGGGCAAGGCUGUGGGUCAGUCGGUAGGUGGAGCUUUAACGAGCGCCAAGUCGGCCAUGUCGUCGUGGUUCUCCACACUGGCCCAGCCUGCCGCCGUAUCCAGCCCAGCCUGUCCAGAGCCCUCCGCCGAGGUCAAACCAUGAACUGAAGUUGUCCUUUCGCUGUACUUUUCUCUCUUCUUGUCCUCUGUUACCGUGGUUACUGUGACAUCUGAGGGUCAGGAAAACCUUCCCUCAGACUGACAUGGGAGUUACAAAUCUGAAUCUUAAAACCCGGACAAACCUGACCUGUUCCUGAUUGGUGAUGGUGAGUGAGGACACCUACUGAUGUCACAGCCCGGAUGCCGGAGUUGCGUCGCUGCUUUUACCUACGAGACACUAAAUGUGUUGUGGGGUCUGUGGUGUUCACACGCUGCGUAUUUAUCGCUGACAGGUUUUUACCCAGAUUUAACGGGGUUGUAUUUAAAGUAUCUUCUAUAUUUGUCGCAGUCGCAGCAUGACUUUCUGUGACGAGUUUUAUUCCACAGAAAUACAGUUGAGUUUCACUGCCGAUAAAAGAUGUCUGUUGCUUCUGUAUGACACAUGCUGAACUCCAGGGGUCAGAGGUCAGGCCGAGGACUUCCGAAGGUGGAUACAAUCAGAUCAUUUUUAAAUCCAGGGUUCAUAAACCGUGUAAACAUACAUUCAGCUCACAGUUCACUUUUAUAGUCAAUAUCGUAAUUUGCCACUGAAGAAACUUUUGACACUUGACACAGGAGGGUACUGGUGAGAGUGAAUACCUCUGCUUAAACAGUCAUAAUAUUUCACCAUUAGUAACAUCAAUGAAAGUGUAGGAAAAACAGCCCUACCACUGUGUACAGUCGUAAGAAUUACUGACUCCAUAUUUUAUGUACACCUUUUAAAAUAUGGGUAGAAAGAAAUGCAAUCAAAGCAAUUUGGUUAGUCAAAAGAUUUUUUUUAAAAAUGUCAGUUAUUUGGCAAUAAGAACAAAACAAAAUGUUUUCAUAAAGUGAAACAAAAAAUCCAGACAUAAAAUGUAUGCUGGACACAAUUAAUGGCAUGCUUUGAUAAAUUUACAAUAAAUCAUCACUUUUACAGCCAGUUUUCUUCAGACAAGUCAGGGAAUGGAUACAUGAACAUUUCCAAGUCACUGAAUAUGUCUUGGACUUCAUUUACAUCAGUCUUUAAGAAAUACAAACAGUAUGGCACUCUAUAGUAAAUCUGUCUUUUGACAUUUAAAAAAAAAAUUUGAUUAAACAAAUUGCUUUGUUUGAAUUUAUUUGACCAUAUUUUAAAAGGUGUAUAUAAAAUAUAGGGGUGUCAGUAAGUCUGACAACAACUGUACAUACUUGCACAACUUCAGAUUAUUAUUAUUUUUUUUAAUAAGUCAAGUUGAGGUUGAGUAACUGCUGUUGUUAUUAACUGAUUAAUAAAACCACAGAGUAAGGGAAUGUUUUGUCAUUUGUAUCUGAAGGGGAAAAAUGUUAACAGUCGGUCAUGUCUGUAGCAACAACAAUUGUGUAACUUCCAAAUAAGUGUGAAAGAAGAACGGUAGAAAUGUCAACAUUAUAUAAAUAAUGGCUGUUUGAGUGCAAUGGUAAGAAUAUAUCAUAAGUUAAAAGA